AUGAUGUUCAAGGAAACAUCUUUCCUCUCACUACUUCUGAGUGCAUUUCUGGUUUCUGCAGUUCCCACCGAGAUUGUGAAGCGUACCACACAACUCAAACUCAAUUAUGAAGGCAUUCCCGCAGUAGUUCCUCGUGCUGCAGACUCCGAGCUGAUAGUUAGAAGUCUUGGAGAAGUCCUUAGUGAUUACGAAAGUAUUCCCAUCACCGGCCUCCCAGGUCUCACAUCCAACGCCCCCCUAACCUAUUACAACCAACUCACCUACGCCGGUUUCCGCGCCGUCCGUAAAACCGGCACCGGUACACUUCUCCAACAAAUCAACGGUCAACAAUGCGCCGUGGGUGUCAAUGGUUCUACUAUUACAUCCGUCUAUUUAGCAUCUCCAGUCUCUUCCUUCCAAGCCAAUUAUGCAAGUUUUGGUUGUUAUCUGAGUACUUCUUCGGGAGUUAGUCCCGGGGUAGCUUGUACAGUGCAAGUUACGGCUUUUAGGACGGAUGGGAGCUUGUAUACGGAUAAAGCGGGGUGUGCGUAUGGGGGAUUGGGAAUGAUCACUAAAUGCACAUUCCCCAGUACCUGGACUAACGUCGCCAAACUCUCAUUCGAAGUCGUCGCUUCGGAGAUUUUGCAAACUGUAGGUCCAACGCUGGGUUCGUUGCUUGGUGGUAUUAUUGGAACGAUUGGUAGUAUUGGGUUUAUUAUUGAUGAUUUUGAUGCUAUUUUUCAUUGUGUAGAUGGGAAGAGUAAUUCGGUUGUUGCGCCGGGUCUUUGUGGGUGA